CUCCGCCACGCAUGCGCAGGGCGUCUCCACUGGCUCGCUCGCUCGGUGCUGAAGUUGGGCGGAUGAACGGGAAACACUGCUGAUGGAGAUAAAACGGCAGCAUGCAAUCUCAGCCCGCGAUACCCCCAAUAUCCGAAUAAACGCGUGUAACGACACCCAUGUAGAAGACUGACACCAAGAACAAAAGGGAUGUCUUAUCCUGGAUCAUUUUACCCUUGACUCAAGGAAAGGGUGUGCCUGCAAAUACCAGGUGUUUGAAACCUACCUCCACCCACCUUCUGUGUUCUCCAUCAGGCAUGAUUAGAGAAGAUACAAGAGGCCACAAUUUGUAUUCCAGCACUCUGCCCAUCAAAACUUUUGACAUUACCGCAAUGAUUUUCUUACCUUAUCUCCGGUUGGACAGCUGCUAAUUUGCAUGCCUCAGAGUGUGAGUGGAGUUGAAAUGAGGAAAAGGCAGCAGGGACACAUUGAAGGACCCCCACAGGCGCAUGAUCACCCGAGGCCUAACACCUGCUGUCUGUGCUGGUGUGGAUGCUGCAAAUGCCUCUGGAAUGAAGACAGAAGGGAACGUUCAGAAAGGCAAACUUGUACAAAGAUGGACAGCAUAGAAGCAACAGAGGAACCGCAUCCCACACUGGAUGAAGUGAUUGCCUGGUCACGGAGCUUUGAGAUGGUGAUGCGCUCUCCAGAGGGGAGGGAUGUUUUCCGGGAGUUCCUGCGGUCUGAGUACAGCGAGGAAAACCUGAUGUUCUGGAUCGCCUGUGAGGAACUGAAGAAAGAAACCAACCCAUCAGCUAUCGAUGAAAAAGCCAGGAUAAUUUAUGAGGACUACGUCUCCAUUCUUUCACCAAAAGAGGUCAGUUUGGAUUCACGGGUGCGGGAAGGCAUUAACCAGAGCCUGGCAGAACCCAGCAGUAUUAUGUAUGAGGAGGCCCAGCUCCAGAUCUACACCCUCAUGCACAGAGACUCCUUUCCCCGAUUCCUCAACUCAUCUAUUUACAGGGAUCUCCUUAACAGCAAGAGAGCCUUCUUAGACCCCUAGCUUUCAGCAAGAACACUUGAGACAAAAAAGCCCCAAGGUGCCACUUUGAAAAGGUGUGAUGUUUCUUAUUUGGAGAGUGAGUAGUUAAGCAAUUCUAAACAUCCACUAGUGACCCUGAAGUUCAGUUCUGUUUAAGUGCCAAUGUGAGCUGCUCAGGCAACUGUGACAGACAAAGAUGUAGGAAAACAGACCGAUUCAUACUUCCUACUCUCAACCUGUCUUUUUCAUUCACCUGUUUUGUUUCUCUUUAAUCCUCAAAGCCUUUCUCUUCUCUCUUCUUGUUUACCUCACUAUUACCUGUUCCCCCUCUCUUGCUGUCAUAUUAUUGCUACCUGAUCCUUUCCGACUUUUAUGCCUCACAUGUCUGAGGACAGCUGAAUAAUGUUUUGUUUUGGGGGUUUUUUACAGGAAAAACGAAUAGAAAUGCAGUAGAUAUUAAGCUAGAAUACCUGUUCUUUGCAUGACACAAGGUUAUGGAAUUUACUCCAGUUUGACAUUCAAGCCCGGAAUACAAUGCUUUUGAAUAAAUAAAAAAAACUUUUUUUAUGCUGUCAUGGGGAUAGAACAUUGUAAAACUUUUGUAAGUGAAGGGGAAAUUAGCUGUGCCAAUUGUUUUUUAAGGAGAAGAUGGGGAAGUGUAAUCGCCGUCUUGCUGUCCAUACUCUUUAUUUAAUUUAAUUUUUUUGUGUGUUGAUAGUUCUUUAACUGGGAAACAUAAGGGCUAGCUAGUAGUGUUGUGAUUGGGCAGCUAAAUGAAUCAUGAACAUUUUCUCUCUGCAAAAAUCACAAUGCCUCAACACUGAAUAAGGGCACAAAAGCUGCUGAUGCUGGUGACAACACAGUUUAUUAUGUGAGUCAUCCUAGCCCCUCCCAGUCCAUUACUAAACGAGAGAAGCACUGGUACUGUAUUUGUCAUGGGCUGGAAGCUUCGCUGAAUUGAAAGAGAAUUGCUUGAAAAUUAUUCACCAACGUUCUGGAGGUUCUUAAAAGAACUUUGAAUUGUCUUACACUUUAAAGAAAUUUAUUUUAUUAAACAAAAGUGUAGUAAACACUAUGCCUUGUUUUUGAGAGUUACACUAGGUCUAUUUAAAAUUACUGUGAUAAGAGAACUGCAUUUUUCUCAGAGGUGACGUUACGGAAGAGUUAGGUUUGGGGUAAAAUGUCUUUGUGGACUGAUUUGUGUUCACACAAGGUGGUUGAAUCCAUCAGCAAGGCUUUUCAGGGAAAUGUUUCUCUGCCUCUGAUUCAAAAUGAACGUUCAUGUUUUGUUUUGUGACUUUGCCGUUUUAGUGAUGCUAAAAUACGGAGCAGUCUUGUUCACUUUCACAGCUCAGACAAACUGCAGGUUAUCAAAACAAAGAAACAAACAAAAAAGUACAACUUUUUAUGAUACUUUUUUCCAGCACUCAUUUAUUUUGUUGUGUCAUGUACACAUUGCAAUACUCAACCCAAAUAAGAUGUUAACCACUGUGGCUUUCAUCAUGUUGAAGAUACUAUGAAGAUGAUUUCCUUUAGCGGUUUAGACUUGUGACCCUUAAGAAUGACAGCCUUUUCAGCUCUGUGUUGUUGGAUUCAAACUUGAUUAUUGCUGUUAAAUUUUCUAGACAUUUAUGUGCUAUUGCAGUUGCAGCAGCCAGUGCAUGGAAACACGAUAUUUAAAAUAUUGCUGUGUUAAACCACUAUCUCACUUUUUAGAUGUGUAAUUCAAGAGUGAAUUGCAUUUAAACUAACUUUAUUUGGUCACCACACCCAGCCUCAAAAUGUCACAUUUUCCAUGAAAUAUUGUGCCAAUGAAUGAACGUUUGUUGAGUAAAUACUGAUCAAGUUUUUUGUUGUUGGGUUUUCUUAUUGGUGCUCUGAGAGUUAAGUGCCAUUCACUCUGCAGGUUUACCAGAUUAAAAUGAAGAUCUUUGUCACUUUACCAGGUGCAUAGAUAUCAUUCUUUUAAAUUUCAGUGUAUGUGAGCAUCAGCCAAUGUGAGUAGGUCCUUGAUUUAUGUUGGAAUACAAACAGAAUAGGUGUUACCUUGUAGUUUACAACACUUAAGCAGCGAACCGUCAUGGGAAAAUUUCUAAAGCAAAGUUAUGGAAUUUACUUGUUUGUUUUAAAAGAAAAAAAAACAUGUCAUUAAAGAAAUGAGCAAUAAAUCAUAAUUGUCUUGCUCUAAAACAGAAAGACCCUGCAUGACACAUGGACAAAAUGUUUAACUAUCUUCAAGGGGGGAGAAAUCAGUAAUAUGUUAUCUAAAGUGUUUUGAAACUGGGUUUAUUAAUGUUAUAUUACUAUUUUAAUCAGUACAUAAAAGAAAAAUCUGUGCGGUCCAACAUUUGACAGGGAAAAGUGGUCUAGCUGAGCUAACGUGCAUUUUUAAGAUUUUUAUGGGUCACAUAAAAGCAGAUGUGGAUCAGUUUUGUUUAAAAUGUUUUAACAAUAGAGAUGAUCAUGAUAUGUUUAUUUAAAGGAUUCGAGUUCAGAAAUGUUUAAUUUUACCUAAGGUAUCUUUCAAAAAGUCCUUUCUCAAUAUUGACAAAUAGUUGUGGCACAUAAGGCAAGGAAAUUAGUCCUGUUAGUACUAUUUUUUUUGUUGCAGGCAAUUGUCAGUUUUGUGGGAUCAUUAUUAAAUAAAUACUGUAAACCAAGUCAUAAAACUAUUAUAUAUGAUUCCAUGAGUUGUUGAUUGACAUUUAGCUACUGCCACAGAGUAUUUACGUAUAUCUCAAAGAGUCUUUAAAGUCCAUCUAUUGUUCAAUAGAAAAUUGACCAGACAAAAGAUCUAAUAUUUGCACCAUUUUUAGUGUUGUUCAAAGUUCUGUAAAUCCUGACAUUAAAAUGAUUACAGAUUAGCAUAUGUAAGAACAGUUAAUGUUCAAUUGUGUCCCAUUUAGAAAGAACUAUCAUUUUGAGAGUAGUUGUCUGUUUUUAAUUAAAUUUUAUUCAUUUUUGCUGCUAAUGAUCCAUCAGACUUUAGGAGAGAGUUUAGGAGUUUUCACAGUGAUCAGAUAACAGCUGUUAUAGGAGCAUUGUCUGCAUGGACAGGGUCUCCUUUUUGAAGACUUUUAAUUGGUUUUCCACUACCUCUUGUUAUACAUAGGUUUUUAUUUUUUCUCAUCUAGUUGUUAAUAUUAAAUGUUUAUUUUGAUCUACUUGAAGUCUAAUACUGUAAAUGAGAUGUAUGCAGGUAUACUGAGGGUUUAUGAGGAGUAGCAAUUUCUUGUUUGUUUGUUGAAUUCUUUUCAGCAGAAUUAUGAAAUAUACGUACAAAGAAUUCAGGAAACACUUUUUAAGGGCUAAUCCCAUAUUGCCUAUGCAAAUAUCGUAUUUGUCAUAUUGGAAUAAUUAGUGACUGAGGAAAGUUUUCCUGAAAUUGGGUGGAACACUGGUUUACAUUGCCCUUUUCUGAUAUUCCUUAGCUUAAGUCACUAAAUAUGUCAUAUAUCCUUGAUGAAAAAAGCUACUCAAUUAAGAUUGAAAUACAUUUGUGUUGUGUCCACUGUGGAUGCAUUUUGACAUCUUGAUAGGUUGACAGUUCAGUAUUGAUGUAAAAUGCAUACUGAAUGUGAGGUACUGUGCAUGCUUAAAUCUAUUUUUGCAAGUGAUUAAUCUUUAAAUGAUGGAAAUCUCUGGCCUCUGUGUCCGCACAGGGCAGUUUGCUGUAAUUGAAUUAUUUGUAGAUGAAGCCAGUGUCUAUUCUUGUUUUGAAGUGUGCUUCAGUUUUUUUUUUUUUGCAAAGGUUGAAAGGCUACUUUGGGCAUUUUAAACAUGCUUUUCAAGAACAAGAAUAUCUACCUCUUGGUUCUCUUCUUUCUGUAUGCUUAAAAUAGAAGAUUCAGCCUUGGAAACACAUCUUGAUUGUUUAGAUUGUCAGUAUAGAGACACAAAUGUGUACUGGCAGAUGCUUUUUAGGGCUUUGCCUUGUUGACAACAAGACUGAAUUUUAGCUCAACCUCAUAGAUUAAACUUCUCAUCCCUAAGUUCUUUUGAUUUUCUCUCUUUUUAAAGGAUUGACUUGUACCUUAGCAAAGAUAAAUUGUCUAUGAAAGCACCCAUAAAGGCCAUCAGAUUUUGAAUAAAAUAUUCAAUUAUUGCAGUAUCUGGUACCACAGUGCUGCUAUCUGCAUGUGCUUAUGUUAUGUUACAGAAAGCCUGCUGUAAUUUCAGUAUGUGGAGAAAAUGUAAUGGGCAACAUUUACAAGUUUUUACAUAACUCAGUAGUACUCUGUAGCACCAUUGCAUUACAAGUGUACUAAAAUGCACAUACUGUAAGAAUUGAACACCUUUAAAAUGAUUCAUUUUAAGCAUAUACAAUUUGGUUUUUAUAUUCAUAAGACACUAAUGACACUGAUUUGACAGGUUAUGUGGGGUAAUGUGAAUUUUAGACCUUGUGGUGACCCUAAAUAUUUAUGAAUAUGAAUUAACCCAGGGUUGAGGCCAUAUUUAAAGGGAUAGUUCACCCAAAAAUGAAAAUUCUCUAUCAUUUACUCAUGCCAUCUCAGAUGUGUAUGACUUUCCAUCUUCUGCUGAACACAAACAAAGAUUUUUAAUAUAUCAGCUCUUUAGGUCCAUACAAUGCAAGUGAAUGGUAACCAGAACUUUGAAGGUUCAAAAAGCAAGUAAAGGCAGCAUAAAAUUAAUCCAUUUGACUCCAGUGGUUAAAUGUCUUCAGAAGCGAAAUGAUAGGUGUGGGUGAGAAACAGAUCAAUAUUUAAGUCCUUUUUUUACUAUAAAUCUCCACUUUCACAUUCUGAAAGUGAAAGUGGAGUGUGAUGAUGUGGGUGUGGCCGAGCGACAUCUGUGGAGAGUGAGGCCGGGAGAAGGAGAAUGGUAAGGAUUGACAUCUGUGGGAAAUUAUCUCUAACAGCUGUUCUGUGUUUCAGUGAGAGCUGGAGGGGGGAAAAAAGGGUGUCCAGACUGCCGGAGGAGAGAGAGAGACGCACCAUGUUGACUGUGUGCUCAUGCAUUUUAUGUUGUGCUAAAAAGCAGUUUGUUGAUUGAUGCAGAAAAGUGUAGAAAUAAAACUCACAUUGGAUUGUUUACCCGGCUCCCGUUUCCUCCUACAGAAAGAACUCAAGAAAGUCAGAGACUUUGUCACAGUGGUGCCGAAACCCUGGAUUGUUUGGAGGAAGGAUAUGUCGUCAUAGAGUCCUCUCCGCUGGCCGAAAUCUUUAAGACCCUCACCAGCAUCCACCAGACUCAACAUCAGGCCCUUCUGGAGCUACGCAGGGAAAAGGAGCAGCGAUUCCAGCGCUGGUCCAGGUUCAAGCAGAGGAUUGGCAGGUGUUACGGAGCAUAGUACUCCAGGAGGGAUCUUUCACUGCGACCCCAGCUGCGACUAUGGCCAGGCUCGCUAAGAUGGGACCACAAGAUGACCAGAGGCUUACAUCGAGCUGUUUGAGCGGACGGCCGAGGCGUGGAAGUGGCCGAACUCCCAGUGGGCGGUCUGCCUACUGCCGCUGCUGACUGAGGAAGCCCAACUCACGGCCCAUCAGUUUCCGGUCAGCAAUCUCCUGGUGUACAAGGAUCUGAAAAGAGCCAUCUUGCAGCGGGUCAGCCAUAGCCCGGAGCAGCAUCGCCAGUGCUUCUGGUCACUGAUGCUUGUGAGCAUGGCCACCCGUUCACCUUCUCCCGACAGCUCUGUGAUGCCUGCCGAAGGUGGAUGCUGGCUGAAGAUUGCGACGCCGAGGAGCUACUUGAUCUGGUGGUACUUGAGCAGUUCAUCACCCCAGCUACAGAAAGGGACAGCAGAUUGGGUCCAGUGCCACUGACCGGCGUCACUGGAUGGAGUGGUCCAGCUGGCUGAGGACCAUAUGUCAGCAUAUUUGGGGGCUGACGAGCCCUCUUCUUCUCUCUCCCUCUCUCUCUCUCCUCCCUCCCCCUCCCCCUGCCCCUCUCCUUUCCCUCAUCCUGUUCCUGUUCCCUGGAAACGGGGAAUUCCUACCCCAAAACCGGUUCCCCGGUCCCAUAGGACGUUCAACCCACUGGUUUCCCCUAACCCUUUCUGCUCUCCCCCACAGGCUGGCCCCGAUCGAGCAGGAGCGUAUCAGAUACCUGUGAGUAUUAAGGGAGGUACAUAUCAAGCCUUGGUGGAUUUAGGUUGUAAUCAAAGCUCCAUUCACAAAAGCUUGGUUCAAUCCGAGGUGGGUGAAGGUAAGGUGUGUGCAUGGGGAUAUUCACGAUUACCCCUUAGUGCCCAUCACUAUUCAGUUCAGCCCUUAGAGGACUCCCUGCAGGGGAUUUCCCUCUGGGCAUUCGCAGGGAUGUUCUCAGGUGGUGUGCAGCAUGCCGUGAAUGUCAGCUGUUGAAUCCGCCGGCCACCCAAAGAGCGCCAUUGCACCCCCUUCCAUUGAUCAAGAAUUUGCAUGGACCUUGUUGGGCCAUUAGAGCGGACGGCACACGGGCAUAGCUUUGUGUUGGUUCUGGUGAACUACACAACGUGAUAUCCGGAAGCAGUGGGAUUUGUAAGUUCGUGCAUGAAGACACUCGAAAUUGGGACAAGUGGCUCGAUCCCCUAUUAAUUGCAGUACGAGAGGUCCCACAAGCCUCCACAUGGUUAUCCCCAUUUUAAUUAUUGUAAGGGCGUAGACCGCAUGGCGUGCUCGAUGUCCUAUGGGAAAAUUGGGAGGAGGAACCUUCAAACAAGAAAAAAGAAAUUCAAUACGUUCUUGGCCUGAGAGCUGUGGCAAUUAACACUGGAGAAUUUGCUCCAGGCUCAAGAACAUCAAAGCCGGCUGUAUAAUAGGGGUACUCGGCGAUGGAAAUUUGCACUGGGAGAAAAAGUCCUUGUAUUACUCCCCACAUCGAGCUCUAAAUUACUCGCCAAGUGGCAAGGGCCCUUUGAGGUCAUACGGCGAGUCGGGGAAAUCGAUUAUGAGGUUAAACAAAUGGAUAGAGGUGGAGCACGUCAAAUUUACCAACUCUAUCUCCCAAAACCAUGGAGAGAGGUGGUCCCUGUGACUUUGAUGAUGAUGGUUCCGGAGAGAGAGGAGCUCAGACCGGAGGUAAACUUAAAAGCCACCAAUCGAGUCACCACUUGUGGAGACCACCUCUCAUCGUCACAAAUCACGGAGGUUGCCAGGUUGCAAGGAGAAUUCUCCAACAUGUUCUCGCCUCUUCCCAGUCGUACAAAUCUCAUUGAGCACCUUAUCGAGACGACUCCAGGGGUAGUGGUACGCAGUCGUCCCUAGCGAAUACCUGAGCAUAAAAAGAAGUGGUUCAGGAAGAAUGAAAGGCCAUGCUAGAUAUGGGGGUAAUAGAAGAAUCUCACAGUGACUGGGCCAACCCGGUGGUGUUGUUUACGAAGAGUGAUGGCUCGGUACGGUUCUGUGUAGAUUAUAGAAAAGUUAAUGCGGUGUCUAAAUUUGAUGCGUACCCAAUGACUCAACUGCUCGAUCAGUUAGGCGUGGCUCACUUUUAUUCAACACUGGAUUUAACAAAGGGAUAUUGGCAGAUCCACUUAACUCCCAUGUCCCUUGAAAAGAUGUCAUUUUCCACACCGUUCGGAUUACACCAAUUCAUGACGCUUCUGUUCGGUUUGUUCGGGGCUCCAGCUACAUUUCAGUGGCUCAUGGACCAAAUCCUCAGACUGCACGCUGCAUACACCGCUGCCUAUCUGGAUGAUAUCAUUAUUUACAGUAAUGAUUGUCAGUGGCACCUGCAGCAUCUGAGGGCUGUCCUGAGGUCGUUGAGACGAGCGGGACUCACGGCAAGCCCAAAGAAGUGUGCAAUUGGGCGGGUAGAAGUACGGUAUCUGGGCUUCCACUUGGGUCAUGAGAAGGUGUGGCCCCAAAUUGAUAAAACUGCAGCAAUUGCAGCCUGCCCAAGACCUAAGACCAAAAAGGAGCUUCCUGGGGCUGGCUGGCUUUUAUCAUAGGUUUCUGCCUAAUUAUUCGAGCAUCACCAGCCCGCUGAUUGAUCUCACUAAAAAGGGGCCAACAGAUCCGGUCCAGUGGAUGGAGCUGUGUCAGCAGGCAUUCACGCAGAUGAAAGCUGCACUUUGCGGCAGGCCACUCUUGCAUUCCCCUUUCUUCUCUCUCCCUUUUUUUGUUGCAGACGGAUGCGUCAGACAGGGGGUUGGGGGCUGUAUUAUCCCAGGUAGUGGAGGGGGAGGAGCGCCCCGUGUUGCACAUCAGUUGAAAGCUCUCAGUGCGAUGGGCAGUCCUCACCCUCCAGUACUACCUGCUUGGGAGGGCCUUCACCCUCUGUUUGGACCACGCCCCGCUCCAAUGGCUCCAUCGCAUGAAGGAUGCCAAUGCACGGAUCACCCUUUUAUGUGAUUUUUGGAGCUUCAAAGGUUUGGUCACCAUUCACUUGUAUUGUAUGGAUCUAUAGAGCUGCGAAAUGUCCUCUAAAAAUCUUUGUUUUUGUUCAGCAGAAGAAAGAAUGUCACACAUCUGGGAUGGUGAGUAAAUGAGAGAACUUUCAUUUUUGGGUGAACUAUCCCUUUAACUCUGGCUUAAGCAAUGUUCCCUACUUGUAAUUUUGGAACAGUGUUUAAGUACCAAAGCACAGGUUAUGAAACUCUGCUUCCAAAAAGGUAUACAGUGUGAAAUACUAACCCAGGGUUAAGUGUGAAAUGUGGAACAAGAUAACCUGGUAACAAUUUCAAGUGUGAAAAGCCCAGUGGAGUCACUUCACAUUUAUCACAUGACAUAAUAUUGUUAUUGUUGCAGGACCACAAACAACCUGCCAUUUACUGAAAAUUGUUUAAAGUGACAAAGAAGCACUGUCAAUUUGUGCCAUGAAGGAUAUGAAGAAUUAUAAUUAUUGAAGGCAUCGUUCAAUGACUCUAGAGACAAACUGACUAUUGUAAGACCCACAUCACAGUUUAUCGUAGCCACCCCAAAGUGCCUUGAAUGUUUAGGCCAUGAUCUAUAAUUUGAAUUAUUAUUAAUAUCAGAAGGGAAGGUGUUUGUCUUUCAAAGUGUGUGCUCUUCUCUAGGAUAGAAUGCAUGAUGCAAGCUGUAAGCAAAGGAGAAUGUUUGCACAUGCGGAAAACAAUUAAGAUAUUUGGAAAUAAGUGUAAACUGAUACUAUUUGAAAAUGGAGCUUGUCACCCUUUCAGCUCAGACACAUUUUAUACACCUUCAUGUGCAUCAUUCUUCUCACCAUAAAAUAAAAUAAAAACUUUGUUUUUAUUUCACAUCAUUCUAAAGUAUCUAAAGUGUUUGGUGCUCAUUAUUUCACAACUUUUUCUUAUUUCCAUUGUCAUGUAGUAUUACGUUUAAUUUUUUUUUUUUUCUCAAAGAAUACAGCCCUCCCAUUAUGUUUGUUUUCCUUAGAUCAGACACAGAUCACACCUUCACUGAAAGCAUUCUUAAGAGCUGUGUCCUAACUAAUACUGUUUUAUAAAUACUAUCACCUAUUUUAAUAUAAAGAUUUUUAAACGAUCUAGGAAUGGAUCGUAAUUCUGUUGUUUUUAAUAACAGAUGACAAACUAUAAUGUCUUUGUAAAAUAUAACUGAAGAAAAAGAUGAAUCUUUUAUAUUUGGCAUGUUUUUGCUAUUUAAAUAGUUAAUACUGUACAAGUGUAUUUAGAGUACUGCAAUAUGCAGACAGUAUUACUGAAUCUCAUGGAGGAGCUUUAGAAAUUGACAUUUAAAUAUUAGCAAUUUCUUUUUAAAUGAGCGUACUGUAUUCUAUGCUGUACUUCCAAAACAUGCUGGAAUUACUUAAAUUCUUCUUAUAGUAAUGCAGUUAGCUUAUUGUAAGUUGACGCUGUUCAAGAAUGGCAGUACUGAUGUAUACAUUUAUUAAUAAUUGAUCCUGAGAGGAUGGGUAUCUUUCAGAUCACAUAUACUCCUGCAUGAGCACUAUAAAAAGAGAAGAAGAAAAAAUGUAUUUGUAGACUAAAUAAAGUGACUUACAAUA